GAAAUGCAAAAAUUCCAAGAAAUAAUCAAGAGAGAGUUGCUUCACACGGCAAUUGGCAAUUCUUGAUUGCCCACUUUUGUAACUGUAACUGUUGAAGCUCUUGCAAAAAUUUGGGGGCUUUUUGUUUGCUAAUACAGUUUUUUAUAACCAUCUUUCUUAAUUACUCUUUCAAUCUCCUCGGUCUGUUUGGAUCUAUCAAAUGAAAUCUCUGCAUUUCUUCUUCCUCUUCACUUUUUUUCUUCUUCUUUCCUCUCGCUUCUCCUUUUCUUCAUCUCCAUCAUCAUCUUCUUCUUCUUUACAUUUAACCCAACUGUUUGACGAUUGGUGCAAACAAUAUAGUAAGACAUACUCGUCCGAGCAGGAGAAGCUGUAUAGGCUCAAAGUCUUUGAAGACAACCUUGCCUUUGUUACCAAGCAUAACCUCUUCUCAAACGCUUCUUAUUCUCUUUCCCUCAACGCCUUCGCGGAUCUCACUCCCCAUGAGUUCAAGGCCUCUCGUCUUGGUCUCUCUGCUGCGCCUUUUGCUCUUCAUACUUCGUUUUCUCAUCACGUCGGUGGCCCUGUUGGCGAUCUUCCCGCUUCUGUCGAUUGGAGAAAGAAAGGAGCAGUCACCUCUGUCAAAGAUCAGGGCGCCUGCGGCGCAUGUUGGUCAUUCUCAGCCACAGGAGCUAUAGAAGGCAUAAACAAGAUUGUCACUGAUUCUCUAGUCAGCCUCUCUGAGCAGGAGUUGAUUGACUGUGACAAAUCUUAUAAUAAUGGCUGUGAGGGUGGUCUCAUGGAUUAUGCAUAUAAAUUUGUUAUAAAUAACCAUGGAAUAGACACUGAGGAAGAUUAUCCUUAUCAAGCUCGAGAUAGGUCCUGCAACAAGGACAAGUUGAAAAGACAUGUUGUGACAAUUGAUGGUUACACCGAUAUUCCUGCAAGUAAUGAGGACUUACUGCUUCGAGCUGUAGCAGUUCAGCCUGUGAGCGUAGGUAUAUGUGGCAGUGAGAGAGCAUUUCAGUUAUAUUCCAAGGGGAUAUUUACUGGCCCAUGUUCCACUUCAUUGGAUCAUGCUGUGCUGAUUGUUGGAUAUGGUUCAGAAAAUGGUGUAGACUAUUGGAUUGUAAAGAACUCCUGGGGACCGCAUUGGGGAAUUAAGGGUUAUAUUCAUAUGCUGCGUAACAGUGACAAAGCUGAAGGGAUCUGUGGUAUCAACAUGCUAGCUUCAUAUCCAGUUAAAACUAAGCCUAAUCCACCUCCACCACCUCCUCCAGGUCCCACAAGAUGUGAUUUUUUCACUCACUGUUCAGAAGGAGAAACCUGCUGCUGCACACGUCGAAUUUUUGGAAUAUGCAUUUCAUGGAAAUGUUGUGGGCUGGAUUCUGCUGUGUGUUGUAAGGAUGGCAGACACUGUUGCCCCCAUGAUUAUCCAGUCUGUGAUACAAGUAGAAACCAGUGUCUUAAGGUUGGUAACCAUAUCUACUCUUUCCAUAAGAUAUUAUGCUUGUUAUAUAUAAAACGCAAGUAACGGAUAGCUGAUUCG